AGCAAAGGCCUAUUGGCGGCAGGAGUGCGCAUGAUUCGCCACUUUUGUUUUUUGUACUUUGAAAGAUUUCAGCUUUAAUGUAGCCCCAUACCCAUCUUAGUAUUUAAAUGGAGAUUUUAUUUAUAUACAAAAUGACACCCAAGUCCAACUCUGUGGACUAAACGGAAUGUAUGAUUUUCUGUAGAGUGUGGAAUCUGCCGAGCUGAACUCCGCGCUGACCAACACGCGCGCUACUUCCUUGUUAGUGAGUCGGUGUGAGGCGACGAGAAGUUUGAGCCCCGCGUCAGUAUGUGUGGAUUUAGCGAACGUCUUCGGUGAAAUCUUCCCUUUGGAAAGCUCACCUCGCCGUUUUUACCGCCGCACCGGGGCCACAGCGCUAUCCGAGCCAUGGAGGCUGAUUUAAAGGCGGCUGUGAGGCGGAUCUGCUAAGUUAGCACAGGCUUGCUAACACCGUCUCUUCAUCAUACGCGCGGAACUGGAUUACAACUCGAGGCGUUUAUUGACUUCUCCGAGGCGCUUUAAGGAUUUGUCCGACCGAUGUGCGUUGUGACGGUCGGAUGCGGUGUGAUCCGGUGGGGAACGGCCGCUGUGUGAACACUCGGACGCUAACGCUUAGCCGUGCUACACUAGCGCUUACAGUGGGCUUCAAAUGUUUUGCUUUGUUUGCCGGGGACUGAAGCGCGAGCGAUAAAAGUGGGAUCUUAAAUGCCGAACACGGAGAUCGUUCCCCGCGAGGGCCGGGGGAGAAGCCCGCCGCAGAGGAGUCCGAGGGAGGCGAGACGGAGCAAGAGCCGCCGCGAGCGGCACCGGGACAAGCGCCGGUCCUCGUCCUCCUCCUCCCGGAGAAAGAAGCAGAAGCACGGCCGGGAGAAGCAGCAGCAGUCGUGGCAGCAGCAGGAGGUGCUUUACGGGGAUGUUCGGACUUUAGUGGAGUACGACGACGUGAGCUCGCAGUCCGAGCGCUUCUCCGGUAGCCCGUCGCCCAGAACCGACACGCCGUCCGUGGACCGGCUGAGCGAAGCCGAGCUCCAGGACGCUUCCACGCCGGGCAGGAGGGAGCACACCUCGGCCUCGCGGAGGAAGGACGGAACCGGCGGCUCGGCGGAGAAGGAGGCGAAGAGGAACCGGUCCAGCGGCGUGAGGAAUCACGACAGCAACGGCAGGAAGCCUUCGUCCGCGACCCAAGCCGACAAAAAGGAGUCGAAGCGACACAAAAGCAAGUCCAAAUCCGAGAAGGACCCUCCUUCUGCCUACAGGGACCCGCCGCAGGCCUACAGGGACGACCGGGAGGAGCUCAGGCCCUACUGGAGGAGCAGCCCGAGCUUCCGAGCAGCGGAGAGUCCCUACGGGGCGGCGUAUUCCUACGGACACCAGUCUCCGAACACAAACUUCCCGUUUAUUUCCAGGAGGAGCCCCAAGAGGCUCUCGCCGAGCUCGGGCUACUACGGUCGCGAUGCAGAGGUGCACGGAGCCUAUAACGUGUCGAAGUCGCCGGGUGGUAAGAGGAAGCGCUCCCCGAGCAGCCCGUGCUGGCGCCGGUCCCCGAGCUACGGCCGACACAGCCCCUACGAGCAGGGCGAGGUCCCCUGCAGGCGCUCCCGGAGCCCCAGUCCGGACGGCAGGCGGACAGGAAAGUCCCGCAGCAGGAGCCCGUACCAGUCCUCGCGUCAUUCUCGCUCGCGCAGCCGUCACCGGCACUCACGGUCCCGCAGCCGGCCCUCCAGUCUGUCCCCCAGCUCCCUGACCCUGAAGAGCAGCCUGGCCGCCGAGCUCAGCAAGCAGAAGAAAGCCAAGGCCGCCGAAGCCGCCCGCGUCAAAAACUCCAGCAACGCCUCCACCCCGACCAAGGGCUCCUCGUCCUCAUCCAGCGCUCCCCAGCCCAGCCCCGUCACCAACCACACCACCAAGAAGACCAGGCCUCCGUCACCGCCGCCGGUGUCCGAGAAAGGCCCCAGAACCCCAGCGUCCAGUCAGCCGCAGUCUCCUGUGGAUCGACCCACCAAGAAGAGCUCAGACGCCUCGCAGUCCAGCAGAGAAGUCAAGGUGAAGGAGGAGAAAAAGAAGGGAGGACAGCCAAUGCAGGUCAAAGACAAGGACCGAGAGAAAGCAGCUGCUCCAGCCGUAGCCUCUCUUCCACUGGCAGCCAACAAUCUGGAUCAUCUGGAUGGAAGCGACAGCAGUAUCUUGAAGGAGUCUUCAGCAACCACAGGGAAGAAGAAACCCGAAAGGAAAGCCCGUCACCUCCUCGCAGACCUCCCUCUUCCUCCAGAGCUCCCUGGUUCGCCCCACAGCCCGCCUGAUGACAAAAAGACGCCCACCCCGCGGAAGAGACCAAAAAUUUGUGGCCCACGCUUCGGAGAGAUCAAAGAGACGGAGAUAGACUGGGGAAAGCGGUGCGUUGACAAGUUUGAGAUCAUUGGGAUCACUGGAGAAGGUACUUAUGGACAGGUGUACAAAGCCAAGGACAAAGACACUGCGGAGUUGGUGGCCCUAAAGAAGGUCCGUUUGGACAACGAGAAAGAGGGCUUCCCCAUCACAGCCAUCAGGGAGAUCAAGAUCUUGCGGCAGCUCAACCACAAGAGCAUCAUCAACAUGAAGGAGAUCGUCACUGACAAAGAGGACGCUUUGGACUUCAAGAACGACAAAGGGGCGUUUUACCUGGUGUUUGAGUACAUGGACCACGAUCUGAUGGGCCUGCUGGAGUCGGGCCUUGUGCACUUCAACGAGAGCCACAUCAAGUCUUUCAUGAGGCAGCUGCUGGAAGGACUGGACUACUGCCACAAGAAGAACUUCCUACACAGGGACAUCAAGUGCUCCAACAUCCUGCUCAAUAACAAGGGUCAGAUCAAGCUGGCAGAUUUCGGAUUGGCUCGUCUGUAUAACUCUGAAGAGAGUCGGCCGUACACCAAUAAAGUGAUCACUCUGUGGUAUCGGCCGCCCGAGCUGCUGCUGGGAGAAGAGAGGUACACGCCUGCCAUCGACAUGUGGAGCUGCGGGUGCAUUCUGGGAGAGCUUUUCACAAAGAAGCCCAUCUUUCAGGCCAACCAGGAGCUGGCGCAGCUAGAGCUCAUAAGUCGUAUCUGUGGCAGCCCGUGCCCCGCUGUGUGGCCAGACGUGAUCAAGCUGCCCUACUUCAACACCAUGAAACCAAAGAAACAGUACCGGCGGAGGUUAAGGGAAGAGUUUGCUUUUCUGCCUCUGUGGCAGGGCUGCCAUGAAUUGUGGAGUAAGAAGCGGCGCCGGCAGAAGCAGAUGCCGGAGGAGCUGACCGCUCCUAAAGCCCCUCGGAAGGAGCUGGGGCUCGACGACAGUCGCAGCAACACGCCGCAGGGCUCCACCCCUUUUCUGCCUCUGUGGCAGGACUGCCAUGAAUUGUGGAGUAAGAAGCGGCGCCGGCAGAAGCAGAUGCCGGAGGAGCUGACCGCUCCUAAAGCCCCUCGGAAGGAGCUGGGUUUGGAUGACAGCCGCAGCAACACGCCGCAGGGCUUCCCCGCCGCCGGAGCACACAAAGGUCCGAGUGCUGCCGCCGCUACAGCCCUGCUGGACCCCAAAGCUCCCAACUCACAACUGACUCAAGAGCAGCUGGCUGUGCUUCUGAACCUCCUGCAGUCCAAAAGCGGCCCGGUGGGAUCGGCGCAGUUCGCUCAGACCGUGGGGUCCAAGAUGAACCCAGAGACGCUACAGCAGCUGACGCAGGCUUUGCCCCCUGGGCCACUGGAGUCUGAAAGACCCCCAGAACCGCCUCCGCUCCCCAAAGUCUCUAAACCCCCUCAGCCACCUCCAUCGGGGGCCGGAGCGCCCCGCACCCCACCCAUGCCGAAACCGCCUUCGCCCCCCACCCCACAGCAGUCGGUCAAGAGCGACGGAGAGGCCUCGGCCGCAGCCACGCAGACCGCCGUCACCAUGCUCCUCGCUCAGCUCCUCAAAGUCCAGCAGGGUGCAGGAGGAGAGGUCCUAGGGUUCGAGGGGCCCGAGGGCGGCGUCUCAAACGCAGCAGGUCCACCUGAGCCCAGCCCUGUAUCUCCAGCGGCUGAAGGCGGCGUCUCGUCCUCCAGGCCUCUAGAGCCUCUCUCCAUUCUCCCGCCGGACCAGAGACCCCCAGAACCUCCGGAGCCGCCUCCCUGCGCAGACCUGGACUACCGGCAGGCCCCUGAGACCCAGCCAGCUCUGCCCUCCUCCGCAGCCCCAGGAGAAGCUCCCAGACCUCCGGAGCCGGACUAUCUGACGGAGGGACCCGGGUACGGGCUGGACUUUAGCCGGCCUCCACCGCAGUUCAGCUACCUCGGCCACAUGAUGCCCCCCCACCCACCUCUCGCCUCGGAGGCCUUCACUCACAGCAGCAUGGUGUUCAGCGGAGACCAGGACCAUCGCUUCGAGUACAAUCACAGCGGACCGCCGCCUCCUUCCGUUCCCCCUCCGGGCCAAGCCUGGACGUCUCCAUCUCAACCCCUUCCGCUCGGGUACGUCCCCCACGUGAACACGGCCGCGCUUCGGGGCAGAGGACUCCCUUUUUGACGGGCUCCCGAUGAACUUCCGGACGUCUCGGAAAAGGAAGAGUCUAAAAGACACGCGCAGUUGCCCUCAAACCAGCACUAAGCGUCUCCGAACUCGAUGUGGGAGGUUUCUAAGGGCACUCGAGGAACGGCUUGGAGGGAUGGGGAUUUUUGCGUUUCCCGCUCGUACCGUUUCCCCUCCAGUUGGUUUUUGUAAUCUAUUCUACUGCUGUCUUUUAAAUUAAAACUGUACCUUUUUUGAGUGUGCAUUUACCGUGCCAGGGUAAGUGUUUUUAUGACCUUAGCGUCUCCUGUAAUUGAGUAGUGUUACGAUGAUGUUUUGCGCUACUGAAUAAAGUAGGUGGAAACUAGCGACGGUGUGCUGGAGGAAUGUGCUGUAUCUGCACACGUACAUGACCAGUGAUGUAAAUCGUUUUAUUUUUUCUUUCCCUUUUUUUGGUCAGUUGUUUUUUUCUUUUUUUCUUCUUCCUACAAGUAUGGGCUCUGUCGCUAGGGUAAGUUCACUGGAGGGGCUUGUAAAGGACUGAGACUGGUAGCACUUCUCGACUGAACUGGUGAAUCUGCUGAACGAGUGAACCGAUCAAAGCUGUGUUUCUCGCCGGCUCCCACCAGCUCUUGUCUAAAGCCAUUGUAAAAUCGAAAGA